CUGCCUGCCGUUCUGGCCUCAGCAGUGGGGGCUGCUGGUCUCUGUCUCCAUCACCCCGCCCACGUCCGCUCCGGAGGAAGUCUCGCACCGGCCUGGGAAUGAGGGCGGGGGAGAGGGUGGCUUGGCUCGGAGAGGGGAGGGAGGAGUGGGAAGGACACAAAAACAGCUUCAAGGCGGCAGGCGCUGCUCCACUGCGCAUCUGGCCAGGAGGGGUCUCUGGAUCUGUGGCUGAGCAGCCGCCCCAGAGACGCAGUUUCUAGCUGGCAAGUCAGUGGGGCCCAUUUACCAAGGAGCCGUCGUGGCUUGAGUAGCAUCAGCCGGUGACGGCAAACGUCAGCUUAGCAGCACCUCCUGAGCAACCAGAACUCAGGAAGCCAGAGUGAUCCUGGAUGAAAAAGAAGCCCAGAAGGAGAAAAGAGAUCCAGCCAGUUCUGCUUCUCAGGGUUCCCUCAGGUGCUGUUGGAGACCAGACACAUGGUAGCAAGUACAAAAUUGGAAAUGGCGUCCCCAGAACCAAAAGGCCUUGUCCCCUUCACCAGGGAGUCUCUUGAACUUAUGAAACAGCAUAUUGCUAAAAAACACAAUGAGGAACAAAGAAAAGAUUUAAAGCCAAACACUGACUUGGAAGUUGGAAAAGAGCUUCCACUUGUUUAUGGGAAUCUUCCUCAAGGAAUGGUGUCGGAGCCUUUGGAAGAUGUGGACCCCUACUACAAGAAUAAAAAUACUUUCAUAGUAUUAAAUAAAAAAAGAACAAUCUUCAGAUUCAGUGCCACUUGGUGUACAUUUUCUCCUUUCAGUGUGACUAGAAGAACAACUAUUAAGAUUUUGGUUCAUCCCUUUUUCCGACUGUUCAUAUUAAUUAGUGUCCUGAUUGACUGCAUGUUUAUGCCCAUGACUGAGUUGCCAAAAUGGGGCCCAGCAUUACAGAAUACUUUGCUUGGAAUUUACACAUUUGAAAUACUUAUAAAACUCAUUGCAAGAGGCAUCUGGGUAGAACCUUUUUAUUUCUUUGGUGAUCCAUGGAACUGGCUUGAUUUCAGUGUAACUUUGUUUGAGCAUGUAACAAGGUACUUACCUCUAAACUUCAUUCCAAUAUUUCGAAUUACAAGAAAUUUGAGAAUUUUGAAAAUUAUUCCUUUAAACCAAGGUCUGAAGUCUUUUGUAGGAAUCCUGACCCACUGCUUGAAGAAACUUACUGGUGUCAUUAUCCUAACUCUGUUUUUUCUGAGUGUAUUUUCUCUGAUUGGCAUGGGGCUCUUCAUGGGCAAUCUGAAGCAUAAGUGUUUGCGAUGGCCCCAAGAAAAUGAAACUGUAACCCUGCACAACAGAACUGAAAAUCCAUAUUAUAUUCGAGAAACAGAAAAUUUUUAUUAUUUGGAAGGAGAAAUAUAUGCUCUUCUUUGUGGCAACAGAACAGAUGCUGGUCAGUGUCCUGAAGGAUAUGUGUGUGUGAAAGCUGGCACAAAUCCUGAUUAUGGCUUCACAAAUUUUGACAGUUUUGGCUGGGCAUUACUUGCCCUGUUUCGGUUAAUGACGCAAGAUUACCCUGAAGCACUUUACCACCAGAUCCUGUAUGCUUCUGGGAAGGUCUACAUGAUAUUUUUUGUUGUGAUAAGCUUUUGGUUUGCUUUUUACAUAGCAAGUUUAUUCUUGGGCAUACUUGCUAUGUCCUGUGAAGAAGAAAAGCAGAAAGCUGCUGAAAAAGCUGAGAAGACUGAGCCACAAUUUCAGCAGACUUUAAAAGAACUUCAAGAAGGAGACAAGGCAGCCGAGACCAAGACCACACAAAUAGAAAUGAAGAAAAGAUCACCAACUUCUAUGAUCACUUCUUUUAAUAUGUUGGAUGAUUCUACUGCUACUGUGAGACAUGAAGAAGAACUUAAAAAAUCCAGGAAGAGACGCCCAUUGUGUUUGUAUAGAUUUGCUAAAACUUUAUUGAUCUGGAAUUGUUCUCCCUGUUGGUUAAAAUUGAAAGAGUUUAUCCACAUGAUUAUAAUGGACCCAUUUACUGAUCUUGUCCUUACCAUAUGCAUAAUUCUAAAUGUGUGUUUUUUGGCCUUGGAAUGUUAUCCAAUGAGUGAAGAAACCACCAGUGUUCUCAGCAUUGGAAACCUGAUUUUUAUUGGAAUUUUCACAGCAGAAAUGAUUUUGAAAAUAAUUGCAAUGCAUCCAUAUGGGUAUUUUCAAGUAGGUUGGAACAUUUUUGAUAGCCUGAUUGUGUUCCAUGGUUUAGCAGAACUUUAUCUAGCCAAUGUUUCUGGAAUGGCUUUUUUAAAAAUAUUCAGAGUGUUGAGAAUUUUCAAGCUGGGAAAAUACUGGCCGACAUUUAGAAUUCUGAUGUUGAUUCUGAGUAACUCAUUGGUGGCCCUGAAAGGCUUGGUGCUGUUGUUGUUCACAUUCAUGUUCUUUUCUGCUGUGGUUGGCCUGAAGCUGUUCGGUAGGAGUUACAAAGAAUGUGUCUGCAACAUAGACAAAGACUGUCAACUCCCACACUGGCACAUGCAUGACUUCUUCCACUCUUUCCUGAAUGUGCUCCGAAUUCUCUGUGGAGAGUGGAUAGAGACUUUAUGGGAUUGCCUUAAGGUUGCAGGCCAAUUUGGUUGCCUUCCUUUUUACAUGAUGGUCAUUUUAAUUGGAAACGUAUUGAUAAUUUACCUGUUUCUGGCAUUGGUGAGCUCCUUUAGUUCAUACAAGGCUCCAACAACUGAAGAGAAUGGUGAAGAACAAAAUCUCCAGCGUGCAAUGGCAAGGAUUAAGAAAGGAAUAAACUACAUGUUUCCUAAAAUAUCAUGCAAAAAACAAAACAUUUCAAAGGAGACAAUGGACAAUGUAAACAAUGUGUAUGUUAGAGAGAAUAUUUCUGACCCUACCCUUUCUGAUUUAAGCAAUACCCAAGAUUUCUUCAAGGAUAAGGAAAAAAGCAGUGGCACAGAGAAAAACACAAUGACUGAAAAUGAGAGUCAAUCACUUAUCCCCAGUCCUAGUGUCUCAGAAACUGUACCAAUUGCUUCAGGAGAAUCUGAUAUAGAAAAUCUGGAUAAUAAGGAGAUUCAGAGCAAGUCAGGUGAUGGGAGCAGCAAAGAGAAGGUAAAGCAAUCUAGCUCGUCUGAAUGCAGCACAGUGGAUAUUGCUAUCUCCGAAGAAGAAACCGUCUGUGAACAUGAAAAGCCAAAGCAGCUUAAAAAUGGUUAUAGACGAAGAUCUUCACCUGGCCAAAUUAGUGGUGAAUCCAAGAAAGGAAGAAUUUGGCAGAACAUAAGGAAAACCUGCCGCAAGAUAGUAGAAAAUGGUUGUUUUAAGUGUUUCAUUGGCCUUGUCACUCUGCUCAGCACAGGUGCUCUGGCUUUUGAAGAUAUAUAUAUCGAUCAGAGAAAGACUAUUAAAAUCUUAUUAGAAUAUGCUGACAUGAUCUUCACUUACAUCUUCAUUCUGGAAAUGCUUCUAAAGUGGAUGGCAUAUGGUUUUAAAGCCUAUUUCACUGAUAGCUGGUAUAAGCUAGACUUCAUGGUUGUCAUUGUGUUUUGUCUUAGCUUAAUAGGCAAAUCUCGGGAAGAAUUCAAACCACUAACUUCUGUUAAAUUCCUCCGGGCGCUCAGAGUUCUAUCUCAAUUUGAAAGAAUGAAGGUGGUUGUGAGAGCUUUGAUAAAAACAACUUUACCUGCUUUGAAUGUGUUUCUGGUCUGCUUAAUGAUCUGGCUGGCUUUUAGCAUCAUAGGAGUGUACUUAUUUGCUGGCACGUUCUAUGAAUGCAUUGACCCAACAAGUGGAGAAAGGUUUCCUAUAUCUGAAGUCAUGAAUAAGAGUCAGUGUGAAAGCCUUGUGUUUAAUGAAUCCAUGCAAUGGGAGAAUGCAAAACUGAACUUUGAUAAUGUUGGAAAUGGUUUCCUUUCACUGCUUCAAGUAGCAACAUUUAAUGGAUGGAUCACCAUUAUGAAUUCAGCAGUUGAUUCUACUGGUGUAAAUAAGCAACCUAAUUUUGAAGACAACAUCUACAUGUCUUAUUACUUUAUCAGCUUUAUUGUUAUUGGAUUAUUUCUUCCUUUGAGUAUGCUGAUCGGUGUUAUUAUUGCUAAUUUCAACAAGCAUAAAAUAAAGCAGGGAGGCUCAAAUAUCUUUAUAACAGUGAAACAGAAGAGACAAUACCAUGCACUGAGGGGGCUGUUGCAUGAGGACUCUCAAAAAACAAUACGUCGCCCAAGAAACAAGUUCCAAAGAUUCAUGUUUGACUUGGUAACAAGCCAAGUUUUUAAUGUCUUCAUUAUGGUUCUUAUCUGUUUCCAAGCAAUGACCAUUAUGAUACAAAGUGAUGAACAGAGUUCAGAAAUGGACACUGCUCUCUACUGGAUUACCUUAUUUCUUGUUAUGGUAUACACGGGAGAAUGUGUACUGAAGCUCAUCUCUUUUCGUUGUAACUAUUUCACCGUGGGAUGGAACAUUUUUGAUUUUAUGGUAGUUAUUUUCUCUGUUACAGGACUAUUUCUGCCUCUGAUGGUAGGAUACUACCUUGUGCCUCCUUCUGUUGUGCAACUGAUACUACUCUCACGGAUCAUCCACAUCCUACGUCCUGGGAAAGGACCAAAGGUGUUCCGUGACCUGCUGCUUCCUUUGAUGCUAUGUUUCCCAGCAUUGUUGAACAUCAGUCUUCUCAUCUUUCUGGUCAUGUUCGUCUAUGCCAUCUUUGGGAUGUACAAUUUUGCCUAUGUUAAAAAGGAAUUUGGAAUUAAUGAUGUGGCCAACUUUGAAACCUUUGGCAGCAGUAUGCUCUGUCUUUUCCAAGUUACGAUAUUUGCUGGCUGGGAUGGGAUGCUUAAUGCAAUUUUCAACAGUAAAUGGUCAGACUGUGAUCCUGAUAAAAUUAACCCUGGGACUCAGGUUAGAGGAGAUUGUGGUAAUCCCUUUGUUGGGAUUAUUUAUUUUGUUAGUUACAUCUUCAUAUCAUGGAUGAUCAUUGUAAACAUGUACAUUAUUGCUGUCAUGGAAUUUUUAAAUAUUGCUUCUAAGAAAAAAGCCAAGACAUUAAGUGAAGAUGAUUUUAAGAAAUUCUUUCAGGUAUGGAAGAGGUUUGACCCUGAUAGGACCCAGUACAUAGACUCUAGCAAGCUUUCAGAUCUUGCAGCUGCUCUUGACCCUCCUCUUUUUAUGGCAAAACCAAACAAGGGCCAGCUCGUUGCCAUGGAUCUUCCCAUGGCUGCUGGGGACAGAAUUCAUUGCCUUGACAUCUUACUUGCUUUAACUAAACGAGUUAUGGGUACAGAUGUGAGGAUGGAGAAAGUUAUUUCAGAGAUGGAAUCAGGGUUUGCAUUAGCCAACCCUUUUAAGAUCAUGUAUGAACCAAUUACAACUACUCUGAAACGAAAACAAGAGGCAGUCUCAGCAACCAUAAUUCAGCGUGCUUAUAAAAAUUACCGCUUGAGGCAAAAUGACAAAAAUACAUCAGACAUUCAUAUGAUAGAUGAUGACAAGGAAGAUCAAGCUACCACAGAAAAUGCUUAUUUUGACAAAGCUGAAGAAAAGUUAACUAUUCAAAGCCAAAUCUAAUCCCACUUGCCACCUUUUUUCACCUUUUUCACAUAUUCUAAAAAUGUUAGAAGUUUGAAUCAGAAAUAAAAAUGAAGAUCAGAGAAGUAAAGAUUUUACUUAAUAAUCAAUUGUUUACAACCCAUGGAAGUUAAGCUUGUGCUCACAAGACUCCAUGUCAAGUUGACUUUCACCUUUGUAUACUGAGUCUAACCAAGAUAAGCCCUUAGAAUCACUUUAGUGAGUUAAAUGGGUUAAAUUUGCCAUUUGAUAAUUCAAUGCUUGUUUUCUCUAUGUGGCUUUUAUGGUGUGUGUUUCAUCUAGAGGACUGAGGAGGUGAUGGUAGAGAUGAGUAGCUUUCUUGCAUACUUUAUGUCUACUUUAACUUGAUGGGAUUCAAAUCAUCAUUAAGAGGACUUAGUUACAAAUAAACAAGUACUUUCUUAAUGUCGGGUAGUGUUAAUAAAAACACAGUGCUGCAAGCUGUUAAAUCAUAAACUUGCCAGACGGAUGUCAACUGGGGAAGAGAAAGGACAGGUCUUAGAAAGUGCCUUUGAGAUCAACCACAGAUAGUCUUGGGCUGAUUCAAGCCACUUUGGUUAACUGGAGCCUUGGUUUUGGUUUUUUGUUUUUGUUUUUGUUUUUGUUUUUGUUUCCUUCCUUUCUUUCUUUCUUUCUUUCUUUCUUUCUUUCUUUCUUUCUCUCUUUCUUUCUUUCGGUACUAGGAAUUAAUAUUGCUUAAUUGUUUUUGGAUUCCUGGUUUUUCAUCUUUUUGGCUACUUCUACCUAAGCUCUAGUUCUUCAACAGAAUGGAUUCAUAGAAUAAGAAGUGCAAAGGGAACUAUAGUUAUGGCCUACAUUUUUCUCAUUUUUUUCUCAUUUAUGCUUUUUUAAAAAGUAUACAUUUACUAAAACGAUACAAUAUAGAAACUGUUAGUAGAUUCAUAUCUAUCAUAACACUGAUGUAUUUUUACCAUUUAGCCAUAAUGCAACAUUGAGUAGUAAGAGCUGGCAAAUUAAAGUCAUAAUAUGAAUUCGAAGAGUCGGGGUUACCAUUAUGUCUAAGGAUUUUUGCAGUGUCUUGAUCUUUAAUUGGGAAACUGUGGCCACUUUGAAAUACUUUUCACUGACUUUAUGGUUCUCUAUAACUUAGAGGAAGACAGCAAUCACUGAAACUGUGAGGACUUUGAAUAGAUUAAAGUAUAAGUUUGUUGUUGGUGGUGUUGUAUAACAUUAGCGUAUGCAGAUUAGUUUUUACUUUGUCAUUUAUCUUUCCAAGUUUUUUUUUUGCUGUUUUUAAUCUUAUCACACAUUCUGUAAAAUGUUUUUAUAUUUGAAAAGCUUGAAAAUCCUAAGUAUUAAUUUUCACAGUUGAAAUUAUCUUUAAAAGAUAGACACAAAUAGUUGGUCUUUGACAUAAUCAUAAAAAUGCAGCCACUCAUAUCCAUGUAGUUCAAGAUUCUGAUAUUUGUUCCAUUUGUAUUACGAUUGAUUACAGUGUACCCACAAAAUCCCAAAGGAUUCAGAAAGAAAAUAUGCAUAUUGUUGAUGUAAGUGACAAACUUUAAAUAUGUUGUAUGACAUUCAAUAUCACUUAAAUAUCAGUAAUUGUAUUUUAUUAUGAAUGCAUGAUCUUGAGCCUUAACUUUAUAAUCUAUUUCUGCUCCUCAGAAAUGUAUUAACUUGACCAAGAUGCCUUUGGAGGAACCCCUAAGUAAAUGUAAUUUCAGGGUUCUCUUUCUUUCUAGAAGUGUUCCUUCCCUUUGUCCUCUGCUCUUCAUCAUCGGAUGGUGACUAGUGAGGAAUUAGCAUUUACUUGGUGACAUGGUGACAGCUGGUGCUUUAUCUAAAUGUCUUAGUUUUCUAUUUCUUGGAAAUGCUUUAUGUAAAAACUGCUUCAGAUAUUUAAGCUGAAUCUUAAUUUGCUUCUGUAAAUGCAAGACCAUUAAUUGAUUUUGGUUUGAAAAUUAGAUCUUUUACUUGUAAACCAUGUUUGCUACUAACCUUCCAAAAAUUGUGUAAAUAAUUAUUUUUUAAAUAAGUCUUACAAUAUAUUCUACUUUUUAGAUAAUAUACAAAAUAAUAAAUACAACAUGUUAACCACACUAAACUUUGUUUUUUUCCCCUCUGGUAAGUCAGGUUGUCUAGUGUGUAUAACACCAACUUUUAAAAUGAGCCUAACAUUAAAGCUUAUUCAUUUAGGUUCAAAAUUUAAAACUGGCAGAACUUGUGCUUCUUUUGGAUUCACAAAAAUUUGUAAAAUAAAUGUUAGUAAGCUUAGCAGAGACCCUUACACAUUGACAUUCCUCCUGU